CCCCCCACUAUCAGGACACCUCGGAGCCGCAACCCUUCUGAAAGUCUGCCGUUCAACGUCGGUCGCAGCCAGUCACACCAAGAGACAAAUUUCGUGGACCCUUCGCCGUGCUCAACCCAACCGCGACGGGUGCUGCCCUGCGCUCUACCGACCCCGACGAGGACACCUGUUGCGCGCCCAUUGAGCCCUUUCCGUUCCGUGACCGCUCGCCCGAGAACGAUACAGAUAUCCCGCCCUCCGAAAGCUCAAGGCCGUUUAACGAUAACGGUUUUACCCGAGCCGGUGACUCUCCCUUGAGCGCGCAAGUAGAACGCCACUGUCGUAUCCAUCUUGAAGUCGACCGAGAAGUUGGGCAUCGUCCGUCGUGUUGGGACACAGGAGCAAGGAAAGAAUCAUAGAACUCGCCAAGACUGGAAAAAACGAAAGCGCGGCGGAUCCGUCAACCACCUUUUUGACCUUUUGAGAUAUCCCGCCCGCCAGAUCGUGUCUCACAACCCACGGAUCAUCAGACACAAGUGGCACACAGCCCAACCCGCAAUGGAUUCUUCUGGGUGGCCUGUCGGGGACCAUGGCGUUCAUACCACUACGGCCGAAGAUGACUUUCAGCAAUAUCUGGACAUGACCAACAUGAACAACCUGGCAGAGGGCAUCGACUACAAUUUCCAAGGUUUCCAGUCCUCUGCCGGCGCGCACAUGCUGCAGGUUCCCGGGCGCGAGCAGUUGGACACCCCAAUGACAGGAAGCGAUGCGCCUAUGCUCCUAUCACCAUCGAUGCCAGCGAUGCAGCAUCAGGUGCCGGCCAUCACAACAACGGGGGGUCCCUACCAGUCUAUACCCACCACCAUGAUGCCGCCUCCAACACCAAGCGAGACGAUUGUGAACAGCAUUGACGCCCAAAUUCACUUUCUUCAACAGCAAAAGAUGCAGGCUCAGCAGCGGCAGGUGGAAGAACACGCAGCCUUCUUCGCUCAUCAGCAACAGAACCGCAUGAUUCCACCGACACCACAGAGUCUGGAGAUGGUUCCAGCUGCCAACCCUUUCUAUGCCCAGCGGAAUGCCACAGAACCGCAGCAGCAACACCCGCACCCACACCGAACACAACACCCACAUCAACAGCAGCACCCACAGCAGGCCGUAGACUAUAGAUAUCAGAGAGCGAAGGACCAGUCUGAUAUGUCCUUCACCCCGUUGGUUUCACCCGCCGUCACGCCUUUGGACACCCACUUCUCGGUCGAAUCCCAAUUUACUGUUCCGGGAGCCUACUUUAGCCCACUAACGUCACCUGCCCUGCACGCCCAAACAGACCCAUUGGCCAUGUUUGAGCAAAGACAUGGACCCCUGACAACCAGCUCGCCCACGGAUAUGGAUCUCGACGCCGUUGGAGGGACCAUGUCGAUCGGCACACCGGGAGACCUGGCCAAGAAAAUGAGGAAGAAUGCGGCCAAGGCGAGGGCAAAGGCGGGCGUGAAGCAGUCGCCAAUUUCGAAGCCCCUCAGGAAACGACUGGCAACCACACCAAGCCUCAACUCGCAAGCUCUGAGUGACUUGAUGGAGAAUGCAGAGCAGGGUCAAGACCAUCAACCGUUGCCUACAUCCAUGAUGCACAACUCAUCUUCAUCGACCACAACCGGGCCGACAGAUUCAGAGGAUGGCUCGAUAUCACCAGAAGCCUUGAAUGAUACGACACCCAUCGAGACUGAGAUGCCACCGCCCCCGCUCCCCAAACCACGAUCUGCGAAGCCCUCUCCUUACAUUGCACCUCAAAAUACCGGAUCAGCUCCGGUCAUUGCUCUUCAACCACCCAGGCCUGGCGUGGCAUCACCUGCCACACCAGCAUCUCUGAUGAAACUCAGCUCGCCGAGCACCCACAUCACCGUGGCUGGAGCUAGCAGGGCUGGCAGCCAUGAAGUGGUCGAUACCGAAAAUAUCGAGCUAUUUGAGUUGCCUGAAUCCGUUUCCAACGUGAAUGUCCCACCCAGCCACGCCAACGACACCCCGACACCAAAACAAGCCCCUCAAGAUGCCGGACCAUCCGGAACACCAUCUCUUGCACCUUUGCCAUCACCUUCACUGGGUCCCACUGUGGUAAGGCCAUCGGGAACAGUCUCAGCCACAGCAAGCCCACAGCUGGGACCUGGUUCGGGAUAUGGAGCGAAGCGGACACCACAGCUCCUCCCAAGAAAUAGCAAAAAGCGGGGGAGUGUCAGCUCGAUUCCUGUCUCGCCGGCUCUUAGGCCCAAGAUCUCGAUUUCACCCAACAUCAAACCAUUGCUGCCGGGCGGAGCAGACCUUGAGGAGACGGCGUCACAACUUCUUGCCAGCAAAUCCAACUACCAGCGGAUCCUCGAGGGAAACACAGUGCCCGGUGUGUCAUACCCCAGCGAGCUCUCCACCAAUCUCACGUCCAAGCGGACAUCUCACAAGAUUGCCGAGCAAGGUCGGCGGAAUCGGAUCAACUCGGCGUUACAAGAGAUUGCCACCUUGCUGCCAAAGCCACCAAAGGACAGUGAAGGGGAAGGCAGCAGCGAUAAUAAGAGUAAGGAUAAAGAGAAGGAGAAGGAGAAGGAAAGAGAGAGGAAUGGCGGUGCGCCAAAUAGCAAGGCGAGCACAGUAGAGAUGGCGAUUGAGUAUAUCAAGCAGCUCCAGCAGCAGGUUGCGGAAGCUAAUAAGCGGGCUGAAGAGGCCGAGAAGAAGCUGGCCGAGACUGGGGGUGCCUAAUCCAGCAUCCAAUACGUUUUACAAUACGGUUAUUAUCUGAUGACUCGGGCACGGGAUCAUAUCUCGAAAGGAAAAGUUGCGAUAAUUUGGGCAAAGGCCGGGGAGCAUGACAUCUGCAACAUGAGCGAAUGGGAAUUUCAACAACGACAGGCGUUUAGGCAUUCAUGUCUGCUUAUAUUACCUAUAUGUACAAUCAGGAUCAGCACUGAAUCUACACAUGUCUAUGUGUUGUGUAGAAGUUGGGGGUUUGUACGCCUUGUUCGUCUGAGAACCCAAGAGCAGGCGCAUAGUAGGAGAUACCCAACGGGAGGGCGAGG